AUGAAGAGCCUGGUUUUGCUGCUCAGUGUCAAAGCGGCGUGCAUCCUGCUGGUGUCCUCGCUCUCGGGGACCGGUGCAGUCAACAACAGCGGCCGGUGGUGGGGCAUUGUCAAUGUGGCAUCAUCUUCUAACCUGCUCACCAACUCCAAGAAUGUACAGUUGGUCUUGGACCCCAGCCUGGCUCUGCUGAGUCGACGCCAGCGACGACUGAUCCGGCAGAACCCUGGCAUCUUACACGCCAUUGCUGCAGGGCUGCACACGGCCAUAAAAGAGUGCAAGUGGCAAUUCCGCAACCGACGCUGGAACUGCCCGACCACCCACAGCCCAGCAAUAUUUGGCAAAAUUGUCAACCGUGGUUGCAGAGAAACAGCAUUUGUAUUUGCUAUUACAAGUGCAGGAGUGACCCAUGCAGUGGCCCGCUCCUGCUCAGAGGGGGCCAUAGAGUCCUGCACGUGUGAUUACCGCCGCAGAGGUCCUGGAGGGCCAGACUGGCACUGGGGAGGCUGCAGUGACAAUGUGGACUUUGGCCGCAUGUUCACAAGUGAGUUUGUGGACUCCAGUGAGAAAGGCCGGGAUCUGCGCUACCUCACCAACCUACACAACAAUGAAGCAGGAAGACUGACUGUGUCAUCAGAGAUGCAUCAAGAGUGUAAAUGCCAUGGCAUGUCAGGUUCCUGUACUGUGCGUACCUGCUGGAUGCGCCUGCCCAACUUUCGCACAGUAGGAGACUUCCUAAAGGACCGCUUUGAUGGAGCAUCUAGAGUGGUUUACGGCAACAAGGGGAGCAACAGAGCCUCUCACAGAGCUGACCCAAGACAUUUGGAGCCUGAAAACUCAGCUCAUAAAGUUCCAUCUCCCAUGGACCUUGUGUAUUUUGAGAAAUCUCCGAAUUUCUGUUCCUACAAUGGGAAAACUGGCACUCUGGGUACCUCUGGAAGGACAUGCAACAGCUCCUCUCCUGGUCUGGAUGGCUGCGAGCUGCUGUGCUGUGGCCGUGGAUAUAAGUCACGAACUGAAAGUGUGACAGAGCGGUGCCACUGCACUUUCCACUGGUGCUGUCACGUCAGCUGCCUCAACUGCACUAGUACACGGACGUUACACCAGUGUCUAUGA